AUGGAGGCGACGACCAUGCGCCGCCAAGGGUCUGGCCGCGGGCUGCUGCUGCUGCGUUUGGAACCUACGGGUUGGCGAGAAGGGGAAAGUGACGGAUUAGAGAACAACAAACAGAUGACGCAGCAGCCGCAAGACUCGGAUAAGCUGCGCACGCAGCUGCGCCCGCUGACGGUGGCUGCAGAAAGAAAGAGCGCGGGGUAG